AUGCCAACCCAUGGAGUUGGGAACCUCUCUGGGUUCUCUUUGCAGGAGUUUGUGCUAGUGGGAUUUGAGGGUGGGCUGGAGACCCAGGCCCUGCUCUUUGUUUUGUUCCUGGCCCUGUACGUGGUGACUGUGCUGGGAAACCUCACAAUGAUUGUGGUUAUUACAGUGGAUGCCCGCCUCCACUCCCCCAUGUACUUCUUCCUCAAGAACCUCUCGUUCCUGGACCUCUGCUACUCCUCUGUCAUCACCCCCAAGGCUCUAGCCAACUUCUUCUCCCUCACCAAGGUCAUCACCUUCGCUGGCUGUGCCACCCAGUUCUUCUUAUUCUCCCUGCUGGUCACCACCGAGGGCUUCCUCCUGGCUGUUAUGGCCUAUGACCGCUUCAUGGCCAUCUGUAACCCCUUGCGCUAUCCGGUCACCAUAUGCCCCUCAGCCUGCACCCGGCUAGUGCUGGGCACCUACUGUGGAGGCUGCCUCAACUCCACCAUACAGACCAGCCUCAACUUCCGCCUCCCAUUCUGCAGUUCCCACCACAUCAACCACUUCUUCUGCGAUGUGCCACCUCUGCUACAGAUCGCCUGUGCCAACACAGCCUUCAAUGAACUGGUCAUGUUCAGCAUCAGCGGGCUGAUCAUCAUGGGCACCAUCCUCGUUGUCCUCGUCUCCUAUAGCUAUAUCACAGUGACCACCCUAAGGAUGCACUCAGGGGCCAGGAGACACAAAGUCUUCUCCACCUGUGGCUCUCACAUGAUUGCUGUCUCCCUGUUCUACGGGACCAUCUUCGUGAUGUACGCCCAGCCAGGGGCUGUAGAGUCCAUGGAACAGGGAAAGGUAGUCUCCAUCUUCUACACGCUGGUCAUCCCCAUGCUCAACCCCCUCAUCUACACUCUACGGAACAAGGAUGUGAAAGAGGCCUUGAAAAGGCUGGGCCAGAAACACACAGCCACUUGA